ACGGCACAGCAUGGAAAGCUGCCCCAAUUACACAGGCUGGAAUACAGCUUGAGGGAAAGGUUCAGCAUCCCAAGCUGCUGGCAGGAGGAUCCGGGAUGCGGGCGAGGGCCAGGGACGGCUUUUGGAGGUCAGUCGGGAAAUGCCCUGGCUGGUACUCGCCCCAUUCCCGUGUGCUUGGUCCCUUUCCAGGGUGAUGCUCUCAUUUUUGCCUUUGCUUGCGAAGUUUUGGGGAAGGAAGGCAAUGCUCUCUGCAAAAGCUGGGGGAAGAAAUGGAAAGAGAAAUAGCAGUUUCAUCCUGCUUGCAAAGCGGGCAGGGGCUUGAAACGGCAGCUCAGAUGCCUUCACUGAAGGCAGUAGAUGAUGCUCGCAGCCCUGAUGGCUCUUUGGACUAACUGAGGGGUUAUGGCGAAUCCAGCAACCUCUGCUCUGCGCCUGGCUGGGGCUGUCCAGGGUAUGGCCAGGACCCAGUGUCGUACAGGCAAGGUGUGACACCCGCCCGCAGAGCUUCACAGAGGAACGGGCACCCCUGGCCACAGCGAUAUAAAAACAGGAUGGAAAAAGCACCCAGGGAUGCCGUUCCCGCUCCCGAAGCUUUGGCAGUUUGGGAGCUCCCCUCUGUGGCUAACGGCAAUUAAGCUCCCCAGAACGAAGGAUUUUCCCGUGCACCAGGACAAAGUCAGGCCCAGACGUUGGCAGCAGCCGAGGAAGUGCCCGGCCGAGGGGAUGCCUGGUCGGAGGAGCCCUGGAUGUCUCCACCUGGCUGGUACCUCGACAUGCAGCCAUGCCGGUGGGAGCAACGGAGGGUCCCGAUUCUUUGGCUUCUCCUUCCUUUCAAGCAGGUGUAAAUGAAUGGGGUCCCUGUGAAAUCAGCAACGUCCUGGCUGAACGUGGCAGAGCAUCCCAGCGAGCAGCCCGGGGGGGGGACGACAGAAAGGGCCACGUCUGAGCAUCACCCCCUCUUCCUCCACUCCGGGCUGCUCCUUCCUCACCCUCACUUGGAAAGCAAAGGCCACGUACGCAUUUGUGGACGUGAAGGUGGUGAGUUGGGAUCCCAGAUGCCACUGCUGCUGACAGGCAGGACCCAGCGAGGGAGCAAAAACCCAUUUCAGGCACAAGGAGAAUGAGGGCAAGGAGUCCCACCGGGCUCACGUGGGUACCGGCAUCACCUUUCCGCCCAGCUCAGGAGAGGUACGAGCAUCCCCGUGCUGCUGCGGCCAUGCGCCCGCGAGAGGCGAAGGGGCAGCACCGCCGGGCAGCCCCCGGGCAGCGGAGCUGAAGGAGGAGGAGGAUGGAGGCAAGGGGACCGGGCACCCCACGCGUUGGAGGAGGAUGAGGAUGAUGCAAAAGCCGGAUCCUCAUAGCGUGGGAAAGACGCAAGCUGCCGGCAUCCGACCCGGGGAUUUAUGCUGCUAAUCUGAUUAGUGUAUGAUGGACGUGUCCAGUUGGAAGGAGAUGGAGGUGGCACUAGUCAGUUUUGACAACGCUGAUCAGAUCGUGGAGGAUCCCUGUUAUUCAAACGACCUCAGCCCUGCCAGCCAGUCGCGGAAAGGCCAUCCCAGCUGCGCCAACCUCCUCUCCAACUUGAGAAUCCUCAUCAACAGCGAAAACGCCAACAAUGAGACCAUUUUCUCCAGGUUCUCUGCCGAGUUCAGUGAGCACCUGGUGGGGGAGAGGGUGGGCAUGGAUGAGGGGGACCAACGAGUCAUCAUCAACAUCGCUGGGCUGAGGUUUGAGACACGGCUCAAGACCCUGAACCAGUUCCCUGAGACCUUGCUUGGGGACCCGGAAAAGAGGAUGCGUUACUUCGACUCCAUGAGGAAUGAAUAUUUCUUCGAUAGGAACAGGCCCAGUUUUGAUGGGAUCCUGUACUAUUACCAGUCUGGAGGGAAAAUACGGCGCCCCGCCAACGUCCCCAUUGAUGUCUUUGCUGAUGAAAUCACCUUCUAUGAGCUGGGUGAUGAAGCCAUGGACCAGUUCAGGGAGGAUGAAGGGUUCAUCAAGGACCCUGAGACCCUUUUACCAACCAAUGACUUUCAUAGGCAAUUCUGGCUGCUCUUCGAGUACCCCGAAAGCUCCAGUGCAGCCAGGGGUGUAGCUUUGGUCUCUGUCCUGGUCAUUGUCAUCUCCAUCAUCAUCUUCUGCAUGGAGACCUUGCCGGAGUUCAGGGAGGAAAGGGAGUUUAAGUCCACCCAGGAGCUUUCUAAGAAUCUGACAGACACCUUGCUGGCCCACAGUACCUUCACAGACCCUUUCUUCGUCAUAGAGACUGCCUGCAUCAUCUGGUUCUCCUUCGAGCUGUUUGUCCGGUUCAUCGUGUGCCCCAGCAAGACUGAGUUCUUCAGGAACAUCAUGAACAUUAUCGACAUUGUGUCCAUCAUCCCCUACUUCGUGACGCUCACCACCGAGCUGAUCCAGCAGAGCGAACUCAACGGGCAGCAGAACAUGUCCUUGGCCAUCCUGCGGAUCAUCCGGCUGGUCAGGGUCUUCCGCAUCUUCAAGCUCUCCCGGCACUCCAAGGGGCUGCAGAUCUUGGGGCAGACCCUCAAGGCCAGCAUGCGGGAGCUGGGCUUGCUCAUCUUCUUCCUCCUCAUCGGCAUCGUCCUCUUCUCCAGCGCCGUCUACUUUGCAGAAGUGGAUGAGCCGCAGUCCCAUUUCUCCAGCAUCCCCGACGGCUUCUGGUGGGCCGUGGUCACGAUGACAACUGUUGGCUAUGGAGACAUGUGUCCCACCACCUUGGGUGGGAAGAUCGUGGGGACUCUGUGCGCCAUUGCAGGGGUAUUGACCAUUGCGCUGCCCGUCCCCGUCAUCGUCUCCAACUUCAGUUAUUUCUACCACAGGGAGACAGAGAAUGAAGAGAAGCAAAUUCUGCCCGGGGAGGUGGAGCGAAUACUCACCAGCGUGGUGACGGGAACCGGCAGCAUGGAGUCACUCAAUAAGACCAAUGGGGGUUACCCUCGAGACAAGGCCAAAAAAUGAUGGUCAAGGCCAUGACGGGACUGGGCACCGUCAGGUGGGAUUGGCUGGAUAAGGUAUAAAACAUCUGCACGCUGUGAUUUUUUUUUUUUUUAAACCAAAUGUGCUGCUGCUGCUUUUUUUUUUUUUCUAGACAUUUUUCAAUCUCUGAUUUCCUGUGGCUAUUCAAAUAAAUACCAUCUUUCUUAUCUCUC